AAAAAAAUCGAGACUUUGAUUUCGGUUUUCCAUUUUUUUUGUCAAGACCUUUUGAUUUCGUUAAUCUCUGUGCUGUGAAUAAGAAAGGCGAGGCAAAGAAGAAAGGAGCAGAAACUUACAAAUGGCGUACGUUAGCAUGGGUGAAGCUAAUCGGCUAAUCACUGAGUACCUAAACCGCUUCUGCGACUCCGUUUCGUACCAAGACUCUUCUACACUUUGUCAUCUCCUCUCUAUCUCUUCCAAUUCUGCAUCUCUUCUCUCACUCGCCGACGCACUCAACGUCUUCCAGGAUGCUAGCAGUUUGAUAAGACAAUCUGAUAAAUUCUCUGAGCACGAAGAGAUUCUAGCUCAUUUGCUUCCUUCUCUACAAAGUUACCGUGUUGGGAAUCUAGUCGAAGCAUAUAUUGCUUUCGAGAAAUUCGCCAGCGCCUUUGUUCAGGAGUUUCGUAACUGGGAAUCUGCUUGGGCAUUGGAAGCUCUGUAUGUAGUUUGUUAUGAAGUUCGAGUUCUUGCUGAAAUGGCUGAUAAAGAAUUGACCUCUAACGGAAAACUGAAAGCGGCUGGAUCUCUUCUCAUGAAAGUUUUCGGAGUUCUUGCUUGCAAAGGCCCAAAACGAUUGGGAGCAUUAUAUGUGACUUGCCAAUUGUUCAAGACCUACUUCAAGCUUGGAACUGUCAAUCUUUGUCGAAGUGUAAUAAGAAGUAUUGAGACUGCUCGGAUAUUUGACUUUGAGGAAUUCCCAACAAGAGACAAGGUGGCAUAUAUGUAUUAUACCGGAAGAUUAGAAGUCUUCAACGAGAAUUUUUCUGCUGCUGACACAAAGCUAUCAUAUGCCUUACAAUAUUGCGACCCCAAAAAAGAACGGAAUAUAAGGAUGAUAUUGAAGUAUUUGAUACCCGUAAAGCUUUCGAUAGGGAUCAUACCGACAUAUGAGCUCUUGCGAAACCAUAAACUUCACGAGUACAUAAACAUCGUGCAAGCUCUGCGAAAGGGUGAUCUCAGGCUUCUCCGACAUGCUCUUGACGAACAUGAAGAUCGGUUCUUGAGGUCCGGUGUGUAUCUUGUCUUGGAAAAGCUGGAGCUCCAGGUCUACCAGAGACUGAUGAAGAAAAUUUAUAUCAACCAGAAGCUGAGUGAUCCAGCGAGAGCUCACCAGCUGAAGCUUGAAGUGAUUGCCAAAGCACUUAGAUGGCUAGGGAUGGACAUGGAUCUUGUCGAGGUAAAAUGUAUAAUGAUGAUGUUGAUACACAAGAACCUAGUGAAAGGUUAUUUGGCUAACAAGAGCAAAGUGGUAGUUCUAAGCAAGCAAGAUCCUUUCCCUAAACUCUGCGGGAAGCCUGUUGGCUCAUAGAUAUAUAUAUUCACAUCCAGAACCUGUAAAUUGCGGGUUAUUUUUGUUGUUGUAUAUAAUGUUAUGUUUUGUUUGGACUGUUUUAGAAAACAUUAAAGUUAUCCAAUUCAUUGAAAGCAAGUGUAGUAGAUUCAUAUUUGAUGGUCUAGUAAUGACUUACACCAGCUUAUUAUAUAGUCUAGUAAUGACUCACACCAGCUUAUUAUAUAGUCUUACAAAAAC